GCAGCUGUAACAAUAUUUGUAGGCCUUUGGGUCACGAAUUUCCUUCGAGCCGUACACAAUGGCCAGAAUCUCGGCAUUGAGGUCGGCGGGCUUCGGAAGUGGACUCACAACUUUGCAAUAGCUGAACUUGUUGGAGUAUAAACUGUCUCCGGGACUUGGCAAAUAUUCGAAAUCGCGCAGUUGGCUGAUAUCUCCCAUCCUCAGGUAGUGCUCGAACGCGCUUUGCUUGCACACAAAGAUGCGGAGCUCAGCGCCCACUCGAUGCAACACAGAAAGAGAUUUUUGAAUCUUUUCUCUAGUUUUUAUACUUGUCAGGGGCGGCUCGGGUUUCCAAUAGAUGUGCACGUUGUCGCCAUCUUGAAACGCGUUCCGGACCUCCUCGGUGCUGUCUGCACCAUCCCAGGCGGCACUGAGGAUCUCCACCUGCCGGGGCUGGUACUGGUGUUGGAUAUUCAAUUUCCAGGUGGUCGUUCGGGGAUGAUAAGUCUCUUCGUCGGCCGUGAAGAAGGAAAUCGCCUCUUCCGAGGACUGCUUGGUAUCAUUCCCAAGCUUUUUGGCCAAGAAAUUGAGUCUCCAUGUCGUCGGCUUGUUUGUAUUAUCCGGGAUGGGCUGCUCGACGCGGAGUUCCUGAACAACUCCAAUCAGGCCGAAUACUAAAGGCAAGGUAACUAUAUGAAAAAGACAAAUUAUCGCUUACCGCAUUCUUGGAAUAGGCAUACAUG